AUGCUCCUCAAAUCCCAUAAACAUGCAGAUAUUGUAACAGCCGAGAUGAUGCAUAAGAACCUGACUGAGGAAAAGCGAGAAAGUCGGAGAAAUGUUGCAAGGAUAGUGCAGAACAUACAGUUUCUGGGUAGACAAGGACUAGCGUUUCAAGGGAAGGAAGAUGUAGACUCAAACGUUCUCCAACUGUAUCACAUGAGAGCUACUGAUGACCCCCGAAUGUUGGAUUGGUUAAAGAAGAAAACCAACAAGUACAUGUCCCAUGAUAUCCAAAACGAAAUGUUAGAGAUAAUGGCACUUCAGGUAUUGAGGGAGGUAGCGUCCUCUAUCAGGAACGGUGUAUUCUUCUCGAUCUUGGCAGACGAAUGCACAGACAUUUCGAAUAAGGAACAACUGACACUUUGUAUUAGGUGGAUUGAUGAGAAGCUUGAACCACAUGAAGAAUUUAUCGGAUUCUAUCACAUUCCGAACAUCAAGGCAGAUACUAUUGUGGCAGUCAUUAAGGAUGCAGUCAUGAGGAUGAAUUUGAGCCUGUCGAACUGCCGUGGACAAUGCUACGAUGCCGGUGGCCAAAUGGCUGGUUCACGUCGAGGUGUGGCUCAGCAAAUUCUACCAGAGGCACCAAAGGCUCACCCGACACAUUGCCCUGGACACGCCCUUAAUCUGGCAGUAUGUGAUGCAACGAAGAGUUCCAAGCUCCUAUCGGAUGCUUUGGAUAUCACAUAUGAACUUUGUAAGCUCAUUAAGUUUUUACCCAAGCGUCAAGGCUUACUAGAUCAAAUUAAGGCGGACAUUAACUUAGAGGCUGCUGCUUUGAAGGUGAUUUGUCCAACACGAUGGACUGUGCGUGGACUGAGUUUCUAUUGCAUAAUCAAGAAUUAUGAGGCCCUUUGA